GGCGCGGGACGGCGGCGCGGGGUGCCGGGAGCCAUGGGCUAUUGCAGCGGCCGGUGCACGCUGGUGGCCGUGUGCGGCGCGCAGCUGGUUUCUGUGCUCGAGAGGCAGAUAUUUGACUUCCUUGGUUAUCAGUGGGCACCCAUCCUCGCAAAUUUUAUACACAUUAUUAUAGUCAUACUUGGCUUAUUUGGAACCAUCCAGUAUAGACCUCGUUACAUAACAGGAUAUGCUGUCUGGCUGGUCCUUUGGGUUACAUGGAACGUGUUUGUUAUCUGCUUCUAUUUGGAGGCUGGAGACCUUUCAAAGGAAACAGAUCUCAUUCUGACCUUUAACAUCUCAAUGCACCGUUCCUGGUGGAUGGAGAAUGGGCCAGGCUGCACCGUGACCUCAGUAACCCCAGCACCGGACUGGGCACCAGAGGAUCAUCGUUACAUCACUGUCUCGGGGUGUUUCCUUGAAUAUCAGUACAUAGAAGUGGCUCACAGUUCUCUUCAGAUCUUCCUUGCACUGGCAGGCUUCAUCUAUGCCUGUUAUGUUGUGAAGUGUAUUACUGAAGAAGAGGACAGCUUUGAUUUCAUAGGUGGAUUUGACUCUUACGGCUAUCAAGGUCCACAGAAGACAUCUCAUUUACAGCUGCAGCCCAUGUAUAUGUCAAAGUAAACAUGGGGACUGCUCAAGGUGGGCUGGAGGACCUGUUCAAAAAUCUCUUUCCAGGAUGGCCUCCUGGUUCUUCAAAGAGAAAAGAAACACAAUUUUUGUGCUAAAUAUAAUGUAUAAAAGCUGAUUGAACAGUGAGACAGAAAACAACAGAGACCUUCAGCCUCUCUUUCUAACAGGUACUAAAGGAGAUGCCCCAGACCCACUCCUUGAACCUCCUGCCUCUCAGCACCAGAGGGACACAGCAGAGGCUUUCCAGCCACCUUUUGUCCCUUUCUUUCCCUGGCCACUGCCAGCAUGGCCCAUCUGGAUUAAGACAUGAACCCAGCCCACUCAGUGCUGUGGGAGCCUCCUCCACACUCCGGGCCUUGUUGAGUCUCCUCAGUCAACAGAACACUGAAAUACCAGGAUGACCUUGCAGCAGAAGUCAAUAGACAGCGCAUUGUUUGCCCUGAAGGCUGUACAGUUCAUACUUGCCUUAACCCAACUGCGUUGCACAUUAGAGAAACUACGUGCAAGCUUUCUGAAGUUAACAUGCUGCUGUUAAUUCUGAACGAUUUCUAAGCCAGUGGUUUUCUUCUGUUUGGUUUUGCU